GGUUAUGGAACAUUCUAAAACUUAGACAAGACGACUGUGAUUCGCUGAAAGGGUAAGCCCUCCCCCAGGGUGACGUGUCUGCCUAUGGAUAUCAGUUGCCAGAGAAACCUGGCUUUACUAUGGCGGUUGGAGGAGUAGCAGUGAUCACACGUCGGCUGCUGGAAAGAACUGGAUUCCCGUUUCAGGUCAUCGUCAGAAAAGCUAACUUUGCUAUACAAUAAGGACCAGGAGAUCUGACCCUGGUUGCAGAACCAUUCCUGUUUGCAGAGUACAGGAUACCUACUUUCCUUUCUAGGUUGUAUUCCACUUCAUCUUUCCAGACCAUCCUGGGAGAUCUGUAAGACUCCAUCUGGGAGAUUACUAGGCAUCCUUGGAAGGGAAAGAAGGAAGAUUGUUGGUUGGAAUAAAAACAGGGUUGAAUGAGUUCCAGAAAGCAGGCUUCUCAAACUCGUGGACAGCAACCUGCUGAAGAAGACAACUUUAAGAAACCGACUCGAAGCAACAUGCAGAGAAGUAAGAUGAGGGGAGCUGCCUCAGGAAAGAAGUCAGCUGGCUCACAGCCAAAGAAUCUUGAACCAGCCCUCCCAGGAAGAUGGGGGGGUCGCUCUGCUGAGAACCCCCCUUCUGGCUCCGUGCGGAAGACAAGGAAGAACAAGCAGAAGGCUCCUGGCAAUGGAGAUGGUGGCAGUACCAGUGAAGUGCCUCAGCCCCCUCGGAAGAAAAGGGCACGGGCUGACCCCACUGUGGAGAGCGAGGAGGCGUUCAAGAAUAGAAUGGAAGUGAAAGUGAAGAUUCCUGAAGAAUUAAAGCCAUGGCUGGUUGAGGACUGGGACUUGGUAACUAGGCAGAAGCAGCUGUUCCAACUCCCUGCUAAAAAGAAUGUGGAUGCUAGUCUUGAGGAGUAUGCCAAUUGCAAGAAGUCGCAGGGGAAUGUUGAUAAUAAGGAGUAUGCAGUUAAUGAAGUUGUGGGAGGGAUGAAAGAGUAUUUCAAUGUGAUGCUGGGCACUCAGCUGCUCUACAAGUUUGAGAGGCCCCAGUAUGCCGAGAUCCUGCUGGCUCACCCUGAUGCGCCAAUGUCGCAGAUCUAUGGGGCACCACACCUACUGAGAUUAUUUGUGAGAAUUGGGGCAAUGUUGGCCUAUACGCCCCUUGAUGAGAAAAGCCUUGCAUUAUUGCUGGGCUAUUUGCAUGAUUUCCUUAAGUAUCUGGCAAAGAAUUCUGCCUCUCUGUUUACUGCCAGUGAUUACAAAGUGGCUUCUGCUGAGUAUCAUCGCAAAGCCCUGUGAAGGUCUACUGACCACUUGCUAUUGUCUGGUAUCUGUAAACACUUCUGUUAAGUUCUUUCAUUGUAUAAUUGAUGUUCUUUAAAACUGUCAAUGUAAAACAGGGCUUAUGUUUAAGUUUGUUUCCUGUUCUGUUGUAAGCAGAAAAUAAAAGGAGUACCUGGCUCCUUUCCUCAUUUCGAAGUUGCUACCAGUGUAUGCAGUAAUUAGACAAAGAAGAAAUUCAGUAGAACAUUUUAUUGCCUAGUUGACAACAUUGCUUGAAUGCUGGUGGUUCUAUCCCUUUGACACUACACGGUUUUCUAAUAUGUGUUAAUGCUACGUGAUGAGAUGCCCUGGUUCCUAGUGCCAAAGGUUCAACUUAAAUGUAUAUACCUGAAAACCCAAACCCAUGCAUUUGUGCUUUUUUUUUUUUAUGGUGCUUGACGUAAACAGCCCA